GGCUCGGAGGCUUCGGCUCUGACCCUGCGCUCUGUAGGACGCCUUGGUGCGGCAGGCCAGCCCCAGCGCCCGGAGGACGGCAGCCUGAAGAUGAGCCCCGAGCGAGCCCGGCAGGAGAUCGAGCAGUGCGAGGAUCUUUGUAGCGCUCUGGAUCAAGCCAACAUGAUGCUGCAAAAGGACAAGGAAGCUGUAGAGCAAAGGUUGCAACAUGUGAAGAAAGAGAGAGAACUUCUUCAGAAAAGUCUCAAGCAAAAGCCUCCAAAUGAUGACAAGGUAUCCCUCCAGGUGGAUAUCUCUAUAGCACGGGAUGAGAAGAGCAGAUUGACACAGGAGAAGCAGAUGUUGGAAAACAAAUUGGAAGAAAUGAGGAAGAGGAUCCUCAGGGAAGACCCGAUGACGAUGCUGCAUGCCUUACCAGAAAGGAAGGUAGUGUUUAAGGGACUUACAACAGAUAAGGAGGAUGUGAACAAGCUGGUGCUCACCCCUCUGAUCCGCUAUCCUCUGUCAGGGGGCUCAGCUCUCAUCACCUUUGAGAAGGCAGAGGUGGCCCAGCGGGUGAUAGAGAUGAAAGAGCAUGUGGUGGAGCUGAGCCACGGGGAGGACCCAGAAGACCUUGACCGGUGCCAUGUGCGAGUGCAGGCAGGUCCGGUGGACAUACUGCUGCCAUCUGCCCUGGAGAUUGGGCUCACUCGAGGCAGCAGGAGUAUCCUGGUGUCUGGCCUGCCCAGCCUGGGCAUCCCUGAGGAUAUCCUACUGGACAAGCUGGAGCUCUUUUUCAGCAAGACGAAGAAUGGAGGGAGUGAGGUGGAGAGCAGGGAGUUCCUGGAUGACUGUGGCCAGGUGGUGCUGACCUUCACACAGGAUGGAGUGGCCGAGCAGCUAAUCACUAGAGGUCAGGUCCAGGUGCCUAUUGGGAAAACAAAAUACAAACUCAAAAUAUCGCCUUAUAUGAGAGGAGAUGUCACCAACCUGCAGCUGCAGCCCUCCCGCUGCAGCAGGACGGUUCUGCUCUCGGGGAUCCCAGAUGUGCUGGCUGAGGAGCCCAUGAGGGAUGCGCUGGAGAUCCAUUUCCAGAAGGACAGCCGUGGUGGUGGAGAGGUGGACGUCCUCGGCUACGUCCCAGCUGGGCGCUGGGCAGUGGCUGUGUUCAGGGAGGAUGUGGGCUAGCCCUGACCAGCCCUGUAAGCCUGGCUCAUCAGGAAUUCAGUGUGUGAAUUAAAGAGGCCUGCACGGA